CUCACACACAAACACAACUUCAUCUCUCUCUCUCUCAUGAUAACCUAAACCCCUCAUUUUAUAAUAUCAUGGACACCUCGAUUUCAACCGUCACCACCUCUCCCCUUGCAUGCAACGACCUCGGUUCACCUCCGAAAAAUAGUGCAGUUUCCCCCAUUCACGACACACCUACCACCAGCAUUAAUUCAUCCCAAGGGACGCUAGGGCGUCACUUGGCACGUAGACUAGUUCAGAUUGGAGUGAACGAUAUUUUCUCAGUGCCCGGGGAUUUUAAUCUCACGCUCCUUGAUCAUUUCAUUGCGGAGCCCGGACUUGAGUUGGUUGGAUGUUGUAAUGAGCUUAACGCUGGCUACGCUGCUGAUGGUUAUGCCAGGUCUCGCGGUGUUGGUGCAUGUGUUGUUACGUUUACUGUUGGUGGACUGAGUGUGAUCAAUGCCAUAGCCGGAGCGUAUAGUGAGAAUCUUCCCGUUAUAUGUAUUGUUGGAGGACCGAAUUCCAAUGAUUAUGGGACCAAUAGAGUGCUUCAUCACACUAUUGGCUUGCCCGAUUUUUCGCAGGAGCUUCUUUGCUUUCAGACUGUCACUUGCUUUCAGGCUCUGGUGAACAAUCUGGAAGAUGCUCAUGAACUUGUCGAUACUGCAAUUUCUACUGCACUGCAACAAAGCAAACCUGUUUAUAUAAGUGUGGGAUGUAACUUGGCUGCUAUUCCACAUCCUACUUUUAGUAGGGAACCAGUUCCUUUCUCACUUUCUCCCAAAUUGAGUAACAAGAUGGGGUUGGAAGCUGCAGUAGAGGCCACAGCAGAGUUCUUGAACAAGGCUGUUAAGCCAGUACUGAUUGGGGGUCCAAAAAUGCGUGUGGCCAAGGCUUGUGAAGUUUUUGUCGAAUUAGCUGAUGCUUGCGGGUAUCCUAUUUCUGUUCUGCCAUCGGCCAAAGGUAUGGUUCCUGAACAUCAUCCACAUUUCAUUGGGACGUAUUGGGGUGCGGUGAGCACUUCAUUUUGUGCUGAGAUUGUGGAAUCAGCUGAUGCCUACCUGUUUGCUGGACCAAUCUUUAAUGACUAUAGCUCUGUCGGUUACUCAUUGCUUCUUAAGAAGGAGAAGGCAAUCAUCUUGCAGCCUGAUCGUGUAGUCAUUGCAAAUGGUCCUACAUUUGGAUGCGUUUUGAUGAAGGAUUUCCUUCAAGCUCUUGCAAAGAGGAUUAAGCACAAUACUACUGCCUUUGAGAAUCACUGCAGGAUUUAUGUUCCAGAAGGGCUCCCUCCCAAAAGUGCACCCGAGGAGCCUCUAAGGGUUAAUGUUCUGUUCCAGCAUAUACAGAACAUGUUGUCUGGUGACACUGCUGUCAUUGCUGAGACAGGGGACUCAUGGUUCAAUUGCCAGAAGCUAAAAUUGCCAAAGGGAUGCGGGUAUGAAUUCCAAAUGCAAUAUGGAUCCAUCGGUUGGUCUGUUGGUGCAACUCUCGGGUAUGCGCAAGCUGACAAGAAUAAGAGAGUAAUUGCUUGCAUUGGUGAUGGCAGCUUCCAGGUUACUGCACAAGAUGUGUCAACAAUGCUGCGAUGGGGUCAAAAUCCGAUUAUUUUCCUGUUAAACAAUGGUGGUUACACCAUUGAAGUUGUGAUCCAUGAUGGACCCUACAAUGUGAUCAAGAACUGGAACUACACUGCCCUGGUUGAUGCAAUCCAUAAUGGUGAAGGCAAAUGCUGGACUGCUAAGGUCCGCUGUGAGGAAGAUCUUGUGGAAGCGAUUAAGACAGCACUUGGAGACAAAAAAGAUUGUCUUUGCUUCAUUGAAGUGAUCUGUCACAAGGAUGAUACAAGCAAAGAGUUGCUCGAAUGGGGAUCACGGGUCUCUGCUGCUAACAGCCGCCCACCCAACCCCCAGUAGAUCAUUUGCUGUUGCUGCAUCCUAAAUAAUUCUUAUUAUAUGCUGAACACUGCAUAAAGCUUUUAAGUUUCUCAAUUAUGAGGAAGUUGAUAGUUUUGUUUACUCUAAAACGGCAUAACGUCCUUGGUAUGUUUUUUUUUUUGCUCUAUUUUCAUUCAGUUCAUGAACAUGUCAGUUGAUGGAUGAAACUCCAUUACAUCCAUCAAGUUCAUGCUCAUCUAUGGUGAAAUCUCGUGCGACAAACUUAUAAUUUCCACAAGUUGAUAU